AUGGCCGACUGCACGUUAAUGGCGUUGCUUCAAGUGACAGGCCAGGCGGACGGCCUUGCUGCCGAUGCUCUUGCUAAUCUCAGUCAUAUCCCCUUAAUUCAGCACCUCGCAGCGGUCUUAAGCAAGGAGGACAACUACGUCAGCCCAGAGGACUUUGAAAUGGCGGAGGUCCAGACAACCUAUGAAAACAACCCCGACCUUGCCGACCAGGAAGUCCAGCAGCUGUUAGACCUCCGCCUAAGUAAUCCAGAACUCUUCUCGCUUGAACUAGCAGACGAGCCCGAGCUCCGGGAGGUCAUCGACGCCAUCGCAAAACAGGACGAGCUCAUAAAGCAAGGGGACGCGCGCUUGGCCCGUACGCGCGCACACCUGGCCACGCUGCAUGAGAACAGCCAAGCCAUUCGGCUGCAGCAGCAGCAAGCAGACCAAGGCCUGGCACGAGCCAAUCGCGCUGUAGAGCAGCGCACCGCUGCUGCGUCGAGCCGAAACGCCGCUGAUAACUGCACCGCGCAGGCGGUCCAGGAUUGCGCGCGUCUCAUGCAGGACUUGCUGCACAAGUCCGCGGAACGCUGGCUGCUUUUAGCGCACCCACUGGACGAGCUACGCGAAAUUGAAAAGGCAAUAACUGCCGAGAUCUCACGGGCCAAAGAGCAGCUAAGCCCUGCCGAGCUCGCGCGGCGUCUGGCUGAGCAGCAGGCCUCCCAGGGCGCCCUCCCGGAUACGCCCUUCGCGCCCAGCGGCACGCGCAUGCUGACGGGGUUGGAGCCCGAGCAGUACGCCACGGUGCUGGCGGAGGCGGGGCGCAUCGGCACCAGCGGCCGCAUGAUGCGCGACCGAGUGGAACGGCUGCAGGCGGAGCUGGCGGGACUGCAAAGGCAGAUAGACCUGCUGCAGCACCUGGCGGACGAGACCGCGGGCGGUGUGACGGCCAGCAGUCUGGGCUGUGUGCUAGGGGACUGGAAGCAGCGGCUGGACCCGGAGGCUGAGGCUCGGCUGAGGGCCGAGACGGAGAUGCUGGAGGAGCAGCUGAGAAGCCUGCAUGACGGGGAGCAGCGGCAGACACUGCUGGACCAGCUCGCCGCCGUGUUCACGGCGCAGGUGAAGCGGGCGCUGUGGCUGCUGCGGCACCAGCAGCUGGGCUACAUGACACAGCUGCAGCGGCAGCUGCUGGAGGUGCUGCUGCAGCAGUGGUCACGGACGGAGGUCGUCCAGGUGAUUCGCGCGGAGGAGCGGCGCACCCUGCAGGACCUGUACAUCUCCCUGGGCGCCGUGUGCGGUGAACUGGAGGAGGCCGCCCGUGUUGCCGCGGCCGAUGUGGAAGAGUUCCGUUCCCUGUCCUCGGGAGCUGAGGCUCAGGCGCUUCUGGCAACGGACCGCGGACCUCAGGCCCUGCUGGGCGGCGACAACGCGCUGUGCUCCGCGUACACGCUGCUGGACUGCCAGCGACAGCGGUUGCAGCUGCUGCAGGAGCGACACGAGGCAGGCCUGGCGGCGCAGGCGGCCGCGGACGCGGCAGCUGCCACCGCCGCCGGCGGCGCUGCCAGCGGCGGCCUGAGCCAGGGCAAGGACGGCGGCGGCGGUGGGCCAGGUGGCGGUGGAGGUUUCACUGCCACGCAGUCGCUGACGUCGCCGCGAACAGCCGGCAGUGGCGCAGGCGGCGGCUUUGGCGGGGCGGCGGCGGCGGCGGGCGCGGCGGGCAAUGCCUUUUUGGAUAGCGUACUGUCCGACCCGGCUCAUCGAACUGUGUCGAACUUAGCUGCAGGCGUGGACGCGGUGCUAGGCCUUAUGGGCCGGUUGGAGCAGCAGGUUCACCACCGAGUGUCAGGCCAGUUGUCCAAAUUGGUUUCGGAGGGUCGGCGCCGCGUGGAGGAGUUGCGGCAGAUGCUGGCGGGUCCUGCGGGAAUGGCGCAAUCGCCCCAGCAGCAGCAGCAGCAGCUUCUGGUGCUCGCCAACGACUCGGUGCAGCAGCAGACAACAAUACAGAAACAACCGCAGGCGGGGCAGCAGACGACGCAGAUGAUGGCGUCUGCCGGGCAGCAGUCUUCGACCUCGGCGUCGUCGCGCAGUGGUGUCAGCGGUGGUGGUGGUGGUGGAGGUGGAGGGGGGGGGUCGGCACGGGCAGGGCAGAAGGCACAAGCGUGGCCGGUGCUCCGAGACCAGGCGUUCGAGAACGAGCUUGCGGGCACCAAGGUCGACGUGGAGCGCGUCCUGGCGGACAUCCAAGUGUUCGUCUCCCGCCAAAACAUGCUGCUGGACAGCCACCGGCGACAGUCGGAGCAGUCCCGAUUGGAGCGUGGGGUGCUGGCGGCGUUUUGGAACGCGCCCGAACAGCUGCUGUGUGACGUGCAGGCACUGCGGGACAGGCUCGCAGCGCUGCUUAAUUCCCAAUAA